CGAAGAGCAAAGGCAUUAAGAGAUAUGUGUCAAGGAGUGAUCAUCUAGAGCGAGGGACAGCGCUAUUGCUACUUAUUAAUGCACUCUUUAGCGACGUCCUUCUAUGUUAGAAAAAAACUACCUCGAAAAAUUCUUUCAGCCAUUUGUGCUCAGAGAGAUAGGCUGUUACAUUACACUGAAUCUAAUGAAAAGCAGGUACGUAAUAACUACAGAAACAGAAAGAACAGACAGCGCAAAAGAUGUCGAUUUCCUCGAUGCUUGAAGCGUUCGCUCGUUGCGAAAUAUCCCCAGGUGUCGCGAGCAGAAGGCAGCUCGGCCUACCACAUCAGGGCAGAAAUGUCCCCAGGUGUCACGAGGAGUCGUUAUUGUUUGUCCAUUAUUGGGCAUCAGUGGAUAAGCAGGAUCUUCUCCUUGAGGAUCAAGAUUCAACUACUUCUGCACUCCAUAGUGGAAUGCAAAAAUUUCGAGAUGCCGGACUGGCGAUUGUAGUUACUAGUGCAACAGAUAGUGGAGAGCAGGGCCACGUUCUUGACUGUGGCAAGCUGCGUCAGGUAUUUUUAAAGACUUUGACUUUCUUUAUUUGGCUAAGAAAGUUGUAAUAUCUUUAUCUAUGUAUGAGUAUUCGAAUUUGAUGAACAUUGUCUAAAGUUGUAAUAUCUAUGAGUAUUCGAAUUUGAAUAUUGUCUCGCUCUCGUUUUAAGAUAUCCACCACACUUCAACCGACGGCAACCACGAUGAUUACAACACGACUCACUCCGACUACCACUUCUAGAUCAUCACCCGCUAUCAAAUCAUGGGCACCACCAACCACCACCAGAUCGUCACUCGAAUCAUGGCCGAAGAUGGUGCUAUGAAUGAAGAGUUUUGGGCCAGUGUUGCGAACGCGAUACCUCAGCAAGUGGAGAAUAUCACCUUGAAGGAGUUCUCGGAUGCCUUGCACCAGUGGUUGUUGCAGGAUCAAACGUUAGAAGAUGAUAAAGAACCGAGAAUAAAUGUCGAAGACGCGGCUACAAGAACGGCUCAACCAGUAGCAGGAACUGACACUGAAGACGAGCUGCUUCUUCAACACAGUGGCCAAUUAUGCCUCCGAUUGCCUGAGGGAGACGGUGUUUCCUUGGCGGCGCAGCUGCUGUUUCUAGCAGAUAAUUUCCACAAGGGAGGUGCUUCAUCAGGUUCAUCAGGGCCAAGAGCUGAAACAAGGCGCCUAGCUGAAACACCUCUAGUACAUCAACGGCAGCAAGAAGUAGAAGUCGUGCCUUCUCUCUUACGUCGUCUUGCUCAACGUGCAGAGAAGGAGGAAAUUUCCUGGAAGGAAAAACUCGAUGACCGAGAAAGGCAGGCCGCGCAUUGGCGCCGACGUGCGGAGAGUCUCAUUGCUGAUCUAGAAGAUGCUGAGAUGAGGCAUGAGAAAGCAAUGCAUGCCCAAGCGAGCAGCAUCAGAAGGUAUGGUAAUAAGCCGGACGAGGGGCAGGGGACUGCUCAAGAUACCAAUCGCAUGUCGACAAGAGCGAGCCGCGAAGGCGAUGAACGAGCUGGAGUGGUAUUCUCAUCCUGUUUGAGUCCACUAGUCAGAUUUUCCAACAAGAACAACUAGUAUGAUUUUAUCAGGACCUGCAGCAAGUCCACUAGUAAGAUUUUCCAACAAGAAUAACUAAGUCACAACGACCUGCAACAAGUCCACUAGUAUUAGUAAGAUUUAUUUCCAAUAAGAAUAGCUCGCUUUUAAGACCUCACUUAAUCCCGCCAUUUGCAAAUGCAGGACGAUACCAAUCCAGCCCGGUCGAAUAAGAAAACUGCGUCGGAUGCUACUAUCCGCGCUUUGGAGCAACGUCUAGCGAGAGCAGAAACCCAAAUCCUCGAAAAAGACCGUUUAAUCGCCGCCCUUCGAACAGCACGUGCUGAAUUACUUGACGCUAGGCUAGCUUUCGAAGACGAGAGUAGAAGAACUACUUGCAGUUCAUCUUCUACUAGUACCAGUAGGAAAGGGACGCGAAGGAGAAGAUCAGCAGCACACGACCAGGACUUUUCUCACCAAGGUCCAGACGAGAGCAGAACUGGACAUGAUACAUCAGAUUUAGAGCAACAAGAACUACAGGAGCAAUAUCUUUUGGACAACGAGGAGCAAGGCGAUCUUGACCCUUUUAUCGCCGUCGCGGAAGAAGGUCGGUCGAAACGUGAAGCAGACUUCUAUCGGAAACAAGCAAAGGUAAUGGAAAAACAUGUGAGGGAAAUCGAGGAAAGGCUAGAAGUACUUCUCGUUCAACAUGAUCAUGAGCCUCUUCGUGAUCAUGGUAGCUUUCCAAGAAGUACUGCACAAGCAGAAGCGCAACGAGGAGCGUUGGAUGCAUUCGUUGACGAGUUACAACUAGCUGUUAGUCCCGGCGUAGGACGAGACCCACUUGUUGGGGGAGCGGAAACUUAUUUAACUUCUUCAACUACUACUACUAGUUGUACCAGGCAGCGGCCUGAAAAAGCAUCGGCCUUCACAGAAAUGAGUGGAAUGUUUCAGCAACUCCUUGCCGAGAUCCAGACUCUUGAGUCGCAGAAAGCUGAUUGUGAAUUGGAAAUACGACGACUAGAUAGGAAAGUUGCUAGACUUCAACAAGAAGGUAAUCGUAGCUGUGAAGAUGAUACUUCCAAUCUCUCUGGGUCGAGAAGUAGCUAUGUUUCUGGGUCGCAACACGCCACUUCUGGAGCUGCUGACGAAAAACGAAACAGCGGAACUUCCAAAACUAAUGAUGCUGCAUCAUCACCAUCUCCUUCCAAGAGAAAUAAUAAGUCUGGUGACGAACAAAACAAGAAUAUAGAUUUCGAAGGUUUUCUAUUGCAUAGUGUGGACAGAGUAGAGGCGGAAACGCUAAAACAGGUUCAAUUAUAUCUGAGUUCAAAGCACGAUAAAGAAAGGAAAAGUAGUAGUAGAAUAAAACGUAAGAAGAAUCACGCGUGGGCCUCUUAUGAAGAUGAGCAGACAGAUGCAACCGCAUCAAGAACAAAGUCUCAUUAUAGACAACCUAAAGAGCGUGAGCAUCUCUCUGAUCAUGGCGAGCUACAAUAUCAAAAUCUAGAUCAUGAUAGAAGCAGAGUGGAGCUUGAUACACGGGAGCAUACCAGAAGAAAUAAGAAAACAAACCAUACUAGAACAAGAGGAACACGCAGAACACCAAUUGACCUGCCGCCGGCAGAGCAGCUGGUGCCUCCUGGCAGUGGCUGUGCUACACAGUAAUACUAGGAGCAACAUGUUCAU